CGUUUGAAAUGUAACAAAAUUAUUAUUGUUAUUAGGGUGUUAUCGCGAACUUUUAAAUUGCGCGUAACUUAGAACUAAGCUAUAGCAGCAGUGGACUUCAUCUUAGGUAGAAAUAUAUGUAACUUGGUGAAGUAGUAGGUAGGAUAACAGUAGUCUGUCACUGUUGCGACCAAUGAUCUGAAAAUACUCGUGACUUGUUUACACAGCAUUUAAUUAGUUUUAUAAUAGCAUAGCCAAAUUAGACUUAAAAUGCGCAUACUUUUAAAAGUGUUAUUAUCACAACAGUCUUUAAAAAGGAACUUUAUUACCAACAAUUGGAAGGGCGAUGCAGGAAAGUAUGAAAGGAUAUAUGCGCCGGGACAGGUUUCCAAGGAGAGGAUUGUUCCUCAACGGAUACUAAAGCCACAGUACUACUACAACAACAUGCCACCCGGCAACACAAUAGGGACCCCAGAAAUUAAAAAUAUCGAUCAAAUACAAGGAAUGCGUCUCAGCGGACAACUGGCGGCUAACAUAUUACAGGAAUGCGGCGCUUUAACAAUUAUUGGGAAGUCAACAGAUGAAAUAGACGCACAUGCACAUGAACUUAUUCUUGAAGCAAAUGCAUACCCAUCGCCCCUUAGGUAUGCAGGGUUUCCAAAGUCCAUCUGCACGUCGAUCAAUAAUGUGGCAUGCCAUGGAAUCCCAGAUGACCGACAGUUAAUUGAUGGCGAUAUAAUAAAUAUUGAUGUUACCGUUUACCUCAAUGGUUACCAUGGGGACUGUUCAGAAACCUUCCUAGUUGGCAAUGUAGAUGAACAUGGCCGCUACCUUGUUGAGGCCACAAGGACCUGCUUAGAUAUGGGCAUUUCCCUUUGUGGUCCAGACGUCGCUUUUAAUAAAAUCGGGAAGUUUAUACAACAAUAUUGUAAAGAAAAAAAACUUGAAUCAAUAGUUGCUUUUAUUGGACAUGGGAUUGGUAGUUAUUUCCACGGACCUCCAGAAAUUUAUCAUUACCAUAAUAACAUUGGAGGUAAAAUGCGCCCUGGUAUGACGUUUACCAUUGAACCAAUUCUAACUCUUGGUGAAUCGGACAUAGCUUUGUUGGAAGAUGGAUGGACUGCAAUCAGCCUGGAUGGUGCACGAAGCGCACAAUUUGAACACACCAUACUUAUUACAGAGGCAGGAGCAGAAAUACUUACAAAGGUCCAUUAAUAAGUUGAUGUAUCUAAAUUUAUUUUUCAAUAUUUGAAUAUAUUUGCCUAUUUUGUUCAUUAAAA